AUGAGCAGUUCGACUUGGAGCGCACUUCAGUCCAAAAAUCAAAUAAGAGAUUGAAUAUUUAUAGCGUGAGCCGAGUAUGUCAGCUGAUCUGGGCGGGCGUUCCAGUCGACUCGGUGGACUCCCCGAAAACGGCCAACACCUUGCUCAAUUGGGCCGCCGACUUCUCCAACGCCGAAGUCGUUCAGUCAGUGGUUCCUGUGCACUUCUUCCGAGAUCUCCUCUGUUCAGAGCUCUCCUGGAGAACGGCGCGACCGUGGAUCGGACCAACGCGAAAGGCGAGACUCCGUUGCACACCGCCGUCAGAAGAGGCGACGAGGCCGUCACCAAGGCUCUCCUGGCCGCCGGAGCAGAGGCCUACAAAAAAACUGCCGCCGUAAGUUUUUUGUGUCAUUCGUUUCUUGUGACUUGAUAUGACGCAGUUUCUUUGCGUUCUCCUCGUCUCUCGGCGACCCUCUCAAGUUGACGAGCUAUUUUCAUGUUUCUCUAGAUAGAGAUUCCAAAAUUUUUUUUAGUUAUCUGAAAGCAAAGUGUUUUUACAACCGCUUAUUUCUCUUCCCCGCGAGACCUUUUUUAAAAAAUUUUUGUCCAAACUCGUAUUCCGGAGCGAAAGAUACUAUACCGUAGAUUGAUAUACGGGUUUUUAUAGCCCAAAAUCUCAAAUGGUUAAAGUAAAUUUAAAAAAAAAAAGAAAUUGUUUUUCAAGAGAAAACGAAAAGAUUCCGAAACACGAUCAAGGAUAAGAGCCAGCGCAAGUCGCUCAUAGUCGGGAGCAUGAAAAAAGGACUUGAUCGCUGAUUUUUUUGUUAGUAAGAGGGAGUGUAUACACUGCUCCACAUAAUUAUAUAUCCACCUGAGAUUUUUCGAAGAAUCGAAUAUUUUGAGAGUUUCUGAAAGUCUUUUCGUUGUCAAAAGAUGGGAAUUUCGAUCAGAUUAAUAUAGUUAUCAACAAAGUUCCUAUUGAAAAAUAAAUUUUUUUUUUAAAUUUCGAUUUUUCAAAAAAACCGAAUUUUCCGUUCCACAUAAUUAUAUAUCCACCUAACCAGGUAAGACUUUAAACUUUUUUUGAACAAUUUUUUUCGGUUUUUUUGUAUCAGUUAUCAUUUUUCUCAUCAUUUUUUUGUUUAAAAAAAUAAGAAGAAUAAGAGCAAGAAGGUUUUCCAAGAAGUUGGGGAACCUUGGAUUUAAUCAGAAAACGGUCGCGGUGCUGUUUUGUACUCCAGCUCCACAGUCAUCAAUGUGAGGGUUGAAUUUUCAUAAUCAUGGUUAACUCAGAAGUUUUGAAAAAGUUUGUCACAAAAAAGAUUCUUAAAUGGGCGUCAAAUUUUGAAAAACAAUUUCAAAAACCGUGAGCGCCUUUGACAAAGUUAUCAGUUUUUUCAACUUGAACUCGCUUUUCUCAGUCAUUGAGCGGAGAAGUUCUUAAUCUACAGUGGAACAAAACUGAGGAAGAAAUCAGAAAUAGUUUAACUCAGAGAAAUCUGACAAAAAACAUCUCAAAGCUGAAAAAACUUCAGAGAAACAAGAUUCGAAAAAGGAUAUUUCGUGAUUUCGAUUGUGUUGACUUUCUGUUUAAUUAUCUUCGCUGAAUAAGGAUAAUUAUGGAUUAUUUAAUGUUUUAAAAACAAAAAAAUAUAACUGUAAUCUUUAAUCAUGAGAAGAAAAAAGUAAUUUAAAAUUCGAAGAAAAAAAUUCAGAUUCCUAUGAAUUUGACUUGAAAUUCCCUUAGUUAUUUACCGCAUUCGGUCAUUCUUCUUUGCUAGAAGCAGGUUUUUUUGAUGAGACCGACUAUUCUUGAAGUAAAAAAACGAUUUUAUCUCAGAAAAAGUUUACAGAAAUGGUCCGAAGACAUUUUAAGCUUCCUAUUUUUGGCAAAACUGCAAAAAAUUCAUAAAUUUUAUCGGAAAACUCCCUCCUUUCAGUGCAAAGAAAUAUUUUAAUGAAGUUUUUUGAACUUAAAUUGUUGCUCACAAGUACAAAGGUACUUAUGAAAUCAAAAUAUUCACAUCAUAAUCGAUUCAAGAGUAGCUGAUGUAAUGAAGAGCACCGCGACCGUUUUCUGAUUAAAUCCAAGGUUCCUCAACUUCUUGGAAAAACCUUUUUUUGCUCUUCUUCUUCUUAUUUUUUUAAACAAAAAAAUGAUGAGAAAAAUGAUAACUGAUACAAAAAAACCGGAAAAAAAUGAUUCAAAAAAAGUUUAAAGUCUUAGGUGGAUAUAUAAUUAUGUGGAACGGAAAAAUAAGGUUUUUUUGAAUAAUUGAAAUUAAAAAAAAUUUAUUUUUUUCAAUAGGAACUUUGUUGAUAACUAUAUUAAUCUGAUCGAAAAUUCCCAUCUUUUGACAACGAAAAAGACUUUUCAGAAACUCUCAAAAAUAUUCGAUUUUUUUUCCAAAAAAAUCUCAGGUAGAUAUAUAAUUAUGUGGAGCAGUGUAUGUUCAAAGGUUUAGUCCUUGGGCUAAUUCCCUACUACUACACUUACAUAAAAAGCCUGCCAAGGCUGGUUUGUGCAAGUAUUUUCCUAUGCACGACAUUAUUGGCAGUAACACUUGUAAAAAUCCUUCGCUUCGCGGAGGUGUGUUUCAUGUGUUUAGAAUAAAAAAAAUUUUCAAAAUUCCGAAAAGGGGAUUUAUUAUCGUUAUCGCAAAAUUUUCGAAAAUUGAAAAAGAUUUUUUUGAAGUUCGAAGAUCAUUCAAACAAGAAGAAGGACAAAAAAUAUUAAAAGUUAAAGUUUUUUCCGCAGGGCCAAGACGCAUUCGCCAUUGCCACCAGUUCCGGCGGAGCUCUUCUCACAAUUCUUAGCAUGGAUAGGUUUGUAUUUUUAAAUAUUCAGAGCAUUCGAGAAGAAAAAUGGGAAGAAAAACACAUUUAUCUCCUGCCGAAUUCUGAAAGAUUCUUUCUGUAGGUAUGAAAUAACGAAAUUUUGUGGAGUUCACAAAAGAGAUUGGAAAAACAUUUGAUGGCUCCUUGAUGAUAGCUCGUUGUAUUGAAAUUUCGGUGAAGUUUUCAAUUCUUGUUUUUUUUUCUGAUUUUUCUCUUCUUUCUCAGAGUAGCGAGAGACGUUCGUCGGGAACAUUCCGUCGAUUCUUUGGACGAUCGAAUCUCCGUCAUUUCAACUACGGAAACCGUCACCACGAAUCUUUUCAAUGAAAAGUUUGUUUGUUUUGUGAAGUCUCGUCUUCAAAAAAAAAUGAAAUGAAAAUUUAUAGGUACGAAAAAUACCUGGAAGGUCGCGCGGAAAUAUGGACAGAUCUCCUCUGGCCACAGCCCAAACUAGUCAAGCUUUAUCCGGAAAAUGGCGGCUUUGAGCUCCCGAAAGACAACAGGUUUUUUCAUUAUUUUCUUUUUCUAUCGGUAUCGCUUUUUUAUUAGUUAUGUAACUGUUGGUGAAUAUUUAGUCCAAAUUAGGCUUCAGGUCUUUUUGGUCAUUCCUUCGUUUGGUAAGUUUCAAGACAAAAUUAUUCUUCAAGUAGGAGGAUAUCUAAAAUUAUUCUCAGUCACGUAUAUCUUCUGUGACUUCCUCAAUUAAAUGCUAAUCAUAUUGAAAGUCGGAUUUCCAUUUUAAAGACUGAAAAUCUACUUUGACGACUCGUCGGACGCGAACCCCCGAGUGAUGAUGCAGAUCAUCGAGAUGAGCAAGGCGCUGCUGACGUCGGUCGACGUCGAGAUCGAGUACCGAGGCCAUCGGACGGCCGACCACGACUCUUCGCCCCUCGACGGCAAGGUCACGUGCGGCGUCUUCUGCGACGGAAGGCCUUCUGGAGCCUACACUCUGACCAUCGCCCAGCGCGGCAUCGAAAUCGUCGCCACCGACUAUUCCGGCUUCCGUUACGCCGUCGCAACUCUGAUCCAGAUCAUACGACUUCACAAGUUGGUCCUCGAUCUCGGGAGCAUAAUGACUCAUGCAUAAAAAAAUUUCAGGUUCGCCAUCAGAAACGCCGGCACAGUUUCAGUCAACGGCGUGAACAGCUCUUCCAGUCCGAGUACUUCAAUCAAAAGUCCGCCGACUUCCUCACCCAAGACCAACGGGUUUUCCGAUCAUAGCAACGGCAAGAAAGAACUUCCGGGAAUUUCCAUGGGUUAGUCGUAAUCUUUGAAUUUAUAGCUCAUUCAUCACUUGAAAAAAAGUGUGAGACUGCGGACCAUCGAAGCCUAUCUCCAAAGCUAAAGUGUCUUAUGGCAAAAUUCGCAUGACCUACAAGAACAUUGAAAAUAGAUUUCCGCUACAAGACUUUUUGUGGAGUGAAAUGUAUGCUCCUUUCAAGACCCCGGUGAUGGCGGGUUCAUAAGACAAAAAUAAGUUGUUCCGAAAUACAAGAAAAUUGUUCCGAAACAAUAAUUUGUGUUGUUUUUUUUUCCAACAACUUUGGGAUGUCAAUGAACACUGUUUGGAAAAAGUUUCCGUUUUAUCGAUUAAGGAUUUUUGAAAAAAAUGUUUUUAUGAAAUUAUCUUUGAUUGCUCUAAAAAUUGUAAUUUGAAAAAAAGAAUUAUUUCACGUUUUUUUCCAGACGGAACGAUCUGUGAACUGACGGUCCGCGACUAUCCCGAUAGUUCAUUUCGUGCCGUUUAUCAGGACUUUUCCGGUUGCCGAAUACUCAAUACAGAAACGGUAACUCUUGAAUCCUAGUUUUUGUCUCCAGUUUGAAUAAUCAAGGAGAGUUCUUCCAACACAUCUCACGUUUUUUCAGAUUCUCCAACUGGCAACUCGGCUCUCCCACUGCAAAGCCAACCAUUUGUUCCUGAACUUCGAGGUCAGGACCACGGAUCGAUAUCAAUUGCCCUACACUAACCGGGAUCUCUUCCAUAUGAUGCAAGUUUGCGAGGAGCUCUACAUCACGGUAAUUUUUACUUUUUUUAAAAUUAUAUUCUUUUUUGAGUAUCCUUCAGCAAUGGAAAAAAAAAGUUGGACUGAAAAUUCGUUGAUAUUCGGAGAAAAUAUUCAAACUUCUUACCAGGGAACUUUUUUUACCCCACGUUUUAACUUUUGCUGAAACUUUGCUUAAGUAUACUUUUGGACCCCCCUGAUUGCAGAUAAAGAAAAAAAAAUUCUCGCAAUAGAUCUCGUUUCCGAGUUAUGGAGCUUCAAAGUGUGCAAAAUACGCAAAUUAGGCCAAAAAAGCGCUAUUUCGGGCUUUUGAAGUGUCCUAACUCGAAAACAAGAUCUAUUGCGAAUUUUCUUCUUGUUCUGGAAUCAGGAGAUCUUAAAGUACACUUCAGCAAAGUUUCAGCAAAAGUUCAACCGGUGGUAUAAAACGUUCUCUAGUUAGUUUUAUCAAACAGCCAAAAGAUACUCUCGAAGAAUUGGCCAGAAAUUCUCAGUUCCCCGAAAUGUUCCAUAAUUUUUUUAGACGUUUCGAAGCAUUCAGAGCAUUGAUAACGCCCCUUUCGAAGUUAUUUUAAGAAAUAAAAAAAGCCAUCAGAGAGUGAAAAAAUAACUGAAUUUUGGAGAGUCAGAGAUGGUUUUGAAUUUUUAAUAAUUACUUUGAACACGGCAUCAGAGACAUUUCACGUCAAUAUUUCCCCCCUCCCCCGCUUUCAAAAACCAACCAAGAAAUUCUGAACAAAGUCUGCUCCAAUAAUUAGAAAAAAAGCGGUCUCAGAUUCUUGAUCGCAUUUUUUUCAGUUCGUCCCUUCACUGGACACUCAGUCCAACUACUUGGAGGCUCCUCAGGCCAGGGCCAUUAUUGACCAAUUCCUGGAGGAUUUCCCGCUUUGUAAAGUGGCUCAUUUUGGGCCGAACCUUGCAAGUAUCUUGGUCUCCAAUCGAAAAGGUGAAAAAUCAUUUUCAUUGAAAACAAAAAAUGUAAAAAAUGAAGUGGAUUGUGAUUCGAAAUGCUUCGAUUUCUAGUUCAUUUUCUUCAAUCAGGGAGUUCUUUUUUCGAGCUUUUUAAGUUAUUUUCCAAGCUAUUCUCAAUGAAACCUCUGAUUUUUCUGCUCAGUUCUCUCUGCCAUCCAACGACGAGUUCCAAGGAUAUUCCUCUCAAUGUCGGUCGACGCUAAAAAUUCUCAUCUGGUCGGUUUUUAAUAUCGAAUUCCACUGUUUUAAUGCUUUUUUCAUGCGCCAAAGAUGAAGCCUUUUGAUCAAAUUUUCGUUAUUUAGUCUCAGAAACUAGAUCUUUGGCUUCGGGGAACGAAUAACUUCAAACAAUUUUCCGAGACUGGGUAUUUUUUUCAGAAAAAUAGUUAGUUAUUGAUUUCAGUUGUCUUCCCUUCCAUCGUACGUGACACUUUGUUUGGAAGGAUGUUAUCCGUUUGACGUGGAACAACAUAUUUCGCCGCGCGUCUCACUCGUUUUGAAAUUCUCUACAGGUUCGCUGUUCUAGGAGGGCGUUUAAAACUAAUUUUGCGCUUUUUGAGAAAUAAAAACAAAAAAGAGAUUUAAAUUGUUCCGGAAAAAAUUCUUACGUCUUCUUUGUUUGGAGGUGAUGACGGCUACUUGUGUGCGGCGCCAGAAUCGACGGCUAAAAAGGCACUUCUUGCGGCGAAACUCAGCGAACGAGCGACAGUUCUAGGUUCGAACUGAUCUCUUGAUCCCUCUGAAUUUCGUGUCAACUUGAAGGGUCGAUGGUGUGCGACUUGUCGACGGGCUGUGAGGCGAUGCCGCCCUCCCUCUCCUACAUGUCUCUCUUGGCAGCCGUCGGCGUCGCCUGGGACAGGGCCACCGACAUGAAAAAGUUCGCCUUCCUCCUGCCCGCCAUCGCGGCUCAUCACCUCCUUCUCGAUGGGUAGGGUCAAAGACUAAGGAUGCUCAUUCCACUAUUUGAUUGGGAAUUUUUGAAAAUAGGCCAGAUUACUUCGUUUUAUGCCAGAAAAAGGUCUUGUAAGUCUCAAACUGCAAAACUGCCCAAUUUUCGAGAAACCUCAAGCACAAUGAAAAACUUCAAAAUUUGUUAAGUGGGCCAUUUUAUGACUUUGAAACCAAAUUUCUCGAUAACUAGAAGGUCGAGACUUCCAGGAACUUCACCUGAGUAUUUCGAGCAGUCGCAAUGUAAAAAGCUUAGUAAGAAAAAGUGAAAUUGACGGUUCUCAGGGACAUGGCGGGCUUGUUCGAGCAGGUGCUGACCCUUGGAAAGGUCGAGCAUCAGUUGACGCGCUACGCCUACGGCUACUGGAAGCCACAGAGUUUGACGUCGCCAGAAUCCGAUUCCACGUCUUCUGACCACUUUUCCGGCUUCGGCGCCAACAAGAAAGUCCCGAUAUCCGUUUUCGUCGAGAUGAUCCUCAACCCCGAGAAUAUGAACCUCGAGCGACUGACUCCAGUUGUAUUCAAGGUAUCUAUUUGUAGUACCUCAGUUACAUGUGAAAUUGACCUUCUUGGAAACAAGUUCUUGGAGGAGAAUAGAAUUUCAUAACUUCGAAAAGUUUCAUUUUUUCAAGUGAAUGUUGAUUAGUGAACAUUUUAUCGGAAAAUUUUGAGGCUAGUUUAAACGGAAGAUUCAUCUUUAAUGAUAUCAGAUAUUCUAGAGUAACCUCUUUAACAAAACUGGCGCCUCGAUCGACUACAAAUGCGCCAAAUUGCUGAACUUUGAUAAUAUUCAUACUUCUUAUGGUCAUUAUCAAACUAAUUCUCAGCAGAACUUGCAAUUACAAUUGGGAAUCCUCUUCAGAAGGCUCGAAUUGAGUUGAGACGCGCCUCUGCGGCCCUGGACCUCGCUCGUCGAAUGCUGCCUUACAACUUCGAGUUGGCUUUGGUCCUGGCGGAGAUCAAGCUCGUGACCGAGUUAAUGGUCCUGACAAGUCGCCUGGGACAGUCGAUGUGCGUCCAUGGAGCAGCGCCAAUCGAUCGGAAGAAGAGCUACGAAGAGGGUCUUCCAUACUCCCCAGGUCGUGUCGGCGUCGUCAACCUCCCGCAGACUGUUCGCACAGACCUCGCAAACAGGUCAGAAAUGUCACUUGAUCGAAAAAUGAGAAAAGUCAAUGACCUUCCGAGCUGAAAUGUACGAGUACUCGACUGAAGUCGUAAAAAAAAGGAAGUUCGAAAGUUUGCUACCGAUUAUGACGAAAUUUUCAGCUCUAGGCAAAUUUUUUUAAACAUAAAUUAAUCGAUUAUUCUGUACCUCUCGUAUAGAAAUGGGAGGGGGUUGAGAAACUGUAGUCAUUAGAAUAAAUUCAAAAAAGGUAGCUUUCCAAGUCAAAACUUGAUCAUCAUCGUCAAAAUAAUUCAUUUUCAAUCAACUCUUUUGAAUUCGAAUCGCAACAAACCAAGCAAUUGCAACUAUCGUAUCUUAAAAUUCUGUUUCAUUCAACUGGAUAGACUUUCAAUCUUCAAAAGAGAAAGUCGAGGUAUGGUUCGAGGUAAAAAAAUGAAUCAAAAUGAAAUUUUUUUCACCUUUGCCGAAGCGAAGGAUUCUCCAAAAAUAAGCAGAAAAUUGUACCUGCCUAAUGGUCAGACAUCGCACAACAGCGUGCCCAACAUUUGUGGCAGGAGUUUCAUUUAAGUGUUAUGCAUGGAAGAAUAACCAGAUAGCUAUCCCUGCUGGGGAAAACACUCACCGAACAAACACUCCGAGCAAAACAAAAUGAUGAGCCCUUUUUUCUAUGUGCCCGACUCGGAGCGGCCUGCGCCAGUUUAUAUCCUUCCUCGAGUCUUCAUGGCUUUUUUUGUGUUUUUUAAUUUAAAAAAUUUUUUUCUUUCUUGUUAAUGAUGUAAUAUGAGAUUUAGUCGUAACGGACUUAUGUAAUAUGAAAAAAAAAACGGUUUCGCAAGAUGAGUUAAUGUGAAGAAGUGCUAAACUCUUAAAACCAAUCAAAUGAGAAAAAAAAAACGGAAAAAUGAGCCAAAUUUUUCAAAUAAGUAUAUUUCUUUAUUGGGGAAUUCAUAGACUGAAAUCAAAUUUUUUGUUUUCAACUGCAUUCAACGCAUUUUCGGCGAUCUCUAAAGGUAUUUCCAUGUCUUUGACGUUAGAUCAUCCUUUAGAUACAGUCUUUUGGUAUACUGAUUCAUUUUUUGCAGUUUGCUGGAAAUACGGACGCAAUUUCAACACGUCUGGCUCUCCAGAUCUAUCGCCAGCACGCUUCCAAACGCCUUGAAGAUGUUCGAUAAUUUGUUCAGGUACUUUUUGUCUCCAAAACCUCCGAAGAUUGAGAUCAUGUCGUUCAAAUUAGGAUUUCAGAGCUCUCCUACCUCCCGACUUACAGGAAAUGGGAAAACAACUUUUAUAA